AACUUGGUGCCUGGCUAUAUAUACAUUUUACUUGGUGCCUAGUCAUAUUAACCUUGAAUCUAUAUAUAUAGACCACUAUUAUUUCUUCUUUAAUUAUAUAUCUUUAAUUAGCUAGCCUUUGUUUUAAUUACAAGUUAAUAUCAAAUUUCAUUAAGAUAUGUCUAGCCGGAAGUCGCGAUCAAGGCAAUCAGGUGGUUCAAGAAUCAAUGAUGAUCAGAUCCUUGAUCUUGUUACAAAGUUGCAACAACUUCUUCCUGGGACUCGUAAUCGGCGUUCUGAAAAGGUCUCAGCUGCCAAGGCCUUGCAGGAAACAUGCAACUAUAUUAAAAGCUUGCACAGAGAGGUUGAUGAUCUUAGCGAGCGGCUAUCUGAGCUAUUAGAAACAACUGACACUGCUCAAGCUGCGAUAAUUAGGAAUUUGCUUACGCAAUAGGGCUAGUUAAGGACUAGUACUUGUUUGUUAGCCUAUGCAGUAGGAUCGUGUGCUUGUUUCCCUUUCUUCCUUUGUUUUUCUCUAUCUUUUAAUAUCUAGAUUUUAGCACUAGAAUCAAUCCGUAAUA